AUGCCUACCGUCCCGGUCAUCUCCUUCUGCGCCGUCGCCCAAAUCGGCUUCUGGAAAUCGGCCCUUGACGGAGUAAAGGAAACCUAUCCUACUCUCCGCAACGACGCCCCCCACCGCUCGCCAACCUAUCUCCCACCACCCCUCCCCGUGCGGGAGAAGAUGCGCGACAUCUACCGCUUCCAAUACGCUGUAGAUCAAAGCAUUAUCUUCCUCCGGGACAACGCUACCAAUAUCGAAGAGGUGAUGGUCCUUCGGGUCAUUGAGUGGCUUGCUAGGAUUCAGCGAGACGAUACCGGUCGCAUUCAGCGACUCAUCUGGACUCUUGACCCCGAGCGCUUCUUUCGGGAGAUCCGCGAUGGCCAUGUACAUCUUGCCGAUGGGCAUGCUGUCCUGGGCCCUGCCCCCAGUGCUACUGCUGGUGCUACUGCUGGCUCGAACUCUGGUUCCAAUGCCGGCGAUGCUGUUGGCGGUAACUGA